AUGAAAUUGGUACUUCCUGUGUCUCAGGACAGGGAGCUCAUCGCUCCCAUUUUACAGAUGAGGCUCAAAAACUUGUCUCUUGCUCCUGCAGGUCACAUAGACCUCUUUUCCCCAAAGUUCUACCACUCUGGCCUUAGUAAUCAUCCCCACCUUUUUCAUACCUAUCCCAUCUUCAAGGUGGAGCAUUUUUCAAAGCUCCCCAUGAAGCACAGGGGAAACUCCCUCCUCAUUUUACCCCCCCUGUCUCUAGUCCAUGCCGGCACUCCAACCACCUGCACUGUCAGACCUAUCUCUCCUGGGUGCUAG